GGUGGAGUCAACCCUCCUCAUUCUCACCCUCGAUCAACUGAGUCAGGAAUUGUCAUUAAGGGGAAGCUCCUGGUAGGUUUUGUGGCUACUGAUAACAAGUUUUACUCCAAAGUCCUCACUCGGGGGCAGAUGUUUGUGAUUCCUCGAGGUCUUGUGCAUUUCCAGCAGAAUGUUGGAAAAGGGAAGGCACUCGCCUUUACAGCUUUCAACAGUCAAUUGCCUGGUGCUGUGGUGCUUCCCAAAACCAUCUUUGCUGCAAAUCCUUCAAUUCCUGAGGAAGUCCUCACCAAAUCAUUCAAAGUAGAAGCUGAUGUUAUCAAAUCUAUAAGAUCCAAACUUAGCAGUUAAGAAAAAGCUUGCAAUAAUUCUUCAGAAUGCUUCUUGUUCUCCAUCAUCCAUAUCUCUGUUUUUCAUUUUUCUUUAUUUUUUCUGUCAAAAUUACCAUCAUGUAUUAGUUAAUUCUUCUGUAAUCCUACUUUUAUUAUUUCAAUAAUAAUUUCAUUUGUUU